AUGAGCCUUGUGCCGCCUAUUCUGAACCAAAAUGUUCCGGAUAGGUUGUUAUGGAAGGAUAGAUAUGCUAAACAUAGGGAGUUCAGUACAUAUGAAGCUUGGGAUAACGUUCGUUCGCGUGGGGAAGAGGUUCAUUGGGCUGAGCUGGUGUGGUUCUCUCAGUGUAUCCCGAGGCAUUCGUUUCACAUGUGGCUUGUUAUAAAAAAUAAGCUCAAAACUCAAGAUCGGAUGGGGAUAUGGGACGCAGGUAGUGCAACUAAUUUAAACCUCAUGUGUUGUCCGCUUUGCUGGAACGGUAAAGACUCUCGUGAUCACUUAUUUUUCCAAUGCUUGUAUGGGUUGCAAGUGUGGAAUAUGGUUAAAGAUUUGGCGUACAUGGAAACAGUUGAUGCCAAUUGGGAUUCUAUUAUGAAUUGGUUUUAUCAAAAUCCUUCGGGUAAGUCGUCAGAAUUUUUAGUUGGUAAAAUGGUUGUUGCGGCUUCAACUUAUUUUAUAUGGCAAGAGAGGAACAAUAGAUUAUUUUCUACAAAGCAGCGGGAGGCUACCUUGAUUGCAAAUAUUAUUCUCCAUACGGUCCGCAUGAAGUUGAUGACGUUUAAGCCAGGGAGAGGAUCCAAGAGUCCGUUAUUGCUAGAGCGGUGGAAGUCCCAAGUCAAGACUAUGAGCAUUGAUCCAGGCUAG